GGCACGGCCUGUGGCUUCCUCGGCAUGGAGGUAAUGGACGGGUCCGGCUGGGAAUGCACUGUCCUCAAGACAGACUGGAUCAUUCUACACCCUCACUACUCCAGGGCAUCACCUGGGAUGUCUAGAAAUCUGAGGCUCCACCAUGGGCCUGAGGCAAAACCUGCACUUCAAUGGGGUCUUAGGGUGACUUGUGGACACAUGAGAAUCAGCCCUCAGUGUUUAAGAAAUCCCCAGGCUCAGGGCUCCUGGCUGGCUCAGUCAGAGGAAUGUGAGUCUUGACCUCGAGGUUGUGAGUUCAAGGCCCAAGUUGGGUCUAGAGGGUCACUUAAAUAAGCUUUUAAAGAAAGAAAUCCCCAGGCUUAGGCCAAUUAAGUCAGAAUCUCCAGGAGCUUCCUUCUGUCUCUUUGUAAACUCCUAAAGCUAUGUCCAUGUAGAGCUAAACUUGAGAAUCAGGGCUCUGCACUCUCCCUUUGUCUGUGUGUCCAAAGUCCCUGACCUCCAGCAGACCAACCCUGUGGAGAGGGCUCGCCUCUGGCUGGCUGGGCUGCACACCCCCACAGAACUAGUUUUGCCCACUCCCUCGGCCCCCCUUCACUGCUCUCCCUGCUGCCUCUGUUCUUCUCCCUGCCCUCAGUCUCCCCCACUCCCCAAGGGGACAAGGCCUUAGCUAAAACCCACGCAAGCCACCCACCCCCCAAAUCUGCCACCCCAGCUGGGCCCCCAGCCCCCCACAACCGUCCACGACCCAUGUGACAUGUGCACCUCUAAUAGGGAAGUCCUGCUCGGAGCUGAGAACCCAGCAGUGGGGAAGUGUGGAAACGAGGCAGGUGGAUGAGGCAACAAGAGCAGGCAGAAGGGCCACCCAUCGCGCUCUCAACUCCAGAGUCUCCGGGCCCAGAGCUCCCCUCCCAAGGAGGCCCUCACGGUCACGCACAGGGUCCUCCCUGGAGACCACAAGUCGGCCAGCCCCCAGAACCACAGAGUCAAGCAACUGGUGACCGUGUUGGGCAUGUGCUGACAGCCAAUACAAGCAGCACGGAGACCACGGAGACAGCAGCAGGCAGGACAGGAACUCAAGCGCCAGGCAGGAUCUUGGGACAGGCAGAGGCUGUCUCCGCCUCCUUUCCUUCCUCCUCUGCCCUCCCAACCCAGCCAGCAUCCCCCACCCCUGUGGGGCCCAUGGAGCAGAAGCCACAGUCACUUCCUGAAGGCAGCAGCCCAGCUCAGGUCCCACUUGCCCUGUGGCCCAUCACCCGCCUGCAGCCAUGGGGAGCCAUCAGGACUUCCGGAGCCUUCAAGCCAAGUUCCAGGCCUCUCAGCUCGAGACCAGUGAAUACCCCAAAAAACCCCCAAAGCCUGAGUUCAACAAACUUCUAAAGAAGUUUCCACCACCUGAGCCAAGCGAGCAUCCCAAGAAGCCCCCGCAGCCCAGCUGUAACGAUCUGCCUAUGAAGCCCGCCGGACCCGAGCCGAAGGAGCCCUCCAAGAAGCUCCCACAGCUCAACGCCCCUCAGAAAGCUUUGCAGCCUGAGCCCAAUGAGGCCACCCCAGACCCCUCACAGCCUGACUUCGGUACCUUUCCCAAGAAGCCCCCACCGCCCGAGUUCAGUGUGCACCCCAGAAAGCCCCCGCAGCCUCAGGUCGGUGGCCUCCCUAAGAAACCCCUGCCACAGCCCGAGACCAGUGAGGUCCCUCAGACGCCCCCCUGGAAGCCUGAGCCCAAAGAGCUCCACCCCUACUCACAGCCAGACCUCAGUACCUUUCCCAAGAAGCCCCCGCCGCCCGAGUUCAGUGUGCACCCCAGAAAGCCCCCGCAGCCUCAGGUCGGUGGCCUCCCUAAGAAACCCCUGCCACAGCCCGAGACCAGUGAGGUCCCUCAGACGCCCCCCUGGAAGCCUGAGCCCAAAGAGCUCCACCCCUACUCCUCACAGCCAGACCUCAGUACCUUUCCCAAGAAGCCCCCGCCGCCCGAGUUCAGUGUGCACCCCAGAAAGCCCCCGCAGCCUCAGGUCGGUGGCCUCCCUAAGAAACCCCUGCCACAGCCCGAGACCAGUGAGGUCCCUCAGACGCCCCCCUGGAAGCCUGAGCCCAAAGAGCUCCACCCCUACUCCUCACAGCCAGACCUCAGUACCUUUCCCAAGAAGCCCCCGCCGCCCGAGUUCAGUGUGCACCCCAGAAAGCCCCCGCAGCCUCAGGUCGGUGGCCUCCCUAAGAAACCCCUGCCACAGCCAGAGCCCAGUGAGGUCCCUCAGACGCCCCCCUGGAAGCCUGAGCCUAAAGAGCUCCACCCCUACUCCUCACAGCCAGACCUCAGUACCCUUCCCAAGAAGCCCCCGCCGCCCGAGUUCAGUGUGCACCCCAGAAAGCCCCCGCAGCCUCAGGUCGGUGGCCUUCCUAGGAAAUCCCUGCCACAGCCAGAGACCAGUGAGGUCCCUCAGACGCCCCCCUGGAAGCCCGAGUCCAGUGAACCCCACCCCCACCCCUCGAAGCCCGAUUUCAGUACAUUUCCCCAAAAGAUCCCAGCCCCUCAGCUGAAUGACUUCCCCAAGAAACUCCUGCAUCCUGAUUUUGGUGACCUCACCAGGAGGUCCUCAGAGCCUGAAGUCAGUGUGUUUCCCAAGCGGCCACGGCAGCCUGAAUGCAAAGUGCCCUCCAAGAAGCCAGAGCUGGGGAUCCUCCCCAGGGUGUCCUCAGAGCCCGAGUUUGGCCUGCUCCCCAGCAAGUUUCUGCAGCCUGAGUGCCAGGGCCCCCCCCGAAAGUUCUCGCAGCCUGAGUCCAGCGCUUUGCCCAAGAAGUACCUGCACACUGAGUUCUUUGGUGGUCUCCCUAAAAAGCCCCCCAUCCCCAGCUCUGUUUCAGAGAGCUCACUCCCCAGUGCGGUCACAGGCUCCCGCCCCAGGCUCCCACUCAGCCCUGGCUUUGGAGCCAGGGAGCAGAGAUCAGGACCUCGCUCUCAUAGUGGAGGGUCGAGGCUGGGCCUCAAAUACGGCUACCCACCCCGGCGGAGGCCUCUGCCCUCGGUCAGCAGCCUGGGACCCCCUCCAGCCAAGCCCCCGCUGCCCCCUGGCCUCAGGGAUGUCCAGAGCUUCUGGAAAGCCACAGCCACAGCCACAGCUCUGAGGAGGACCGGUUCUCCUGGGAUCCACGUCCAGGCCCAACAGACUGAAGACAUCUGGCAGUAUUCCUCCAGGGACCAGGAAGAGGCCUAUGAGCUGUAUGACGACGUGGAGCCCACGGACAACUCCAGCCCCAGCCACAAGGGCAGAGUAGGAGUCCGGAAAACAAGAGGCAAUCCAUUAGAAUUCACAACCCAGGAGGCAGGCCUGGGGAGAAGACGGACAGAUGAAGUGCCAUCUUCCCAGCAACCCCCCAGGCCACCACAGGACCCGGAACUCAGGAGAGAGAAGGCCCCCCAGCCACAGCACUUGUCGCCCGCAGACCCGAAGACCCUGAAGAAGAUCCGGAAGGCAGAGAAAGCCGAGAGGGAGUUCCGGAAAAAGUUCAAGUUUGAGGGGGAGAUAGUGAUUCACACAAGGAUGAUGAUCGAUCCCAACGCCAAGACGCGUCGUGGGGGUGGCAAGUACCUGGGGAUCCGGCGUGGGGAGAUCCUGGAGGUGAUCGAGUUCACCAACAAGGAUGAGAUGCUGUGCCGGGACGCCAAGGGCAAAUACGGCUACGUGCCCAGAACAGCUCUACUACCCCUGGAAACGGAGGUGUAUGACGAUGUUGGCUUCUGGGGUAUGUAGAUGCUCUGGGUAGGCUAGAAGGGACUACAGUGCCUGGAAGGAGCAGACCCUCUGGAGAGCCAACCAUCGCCCCAGGAACGGUAAAGCCCACCGGUGUGGACACCCAGGACCACCGGCCAGCCCAGCCACCCACUAACACAGGAGUCUUGGAUCCCAGAUUGGCAGUCACAGAACCACCCAGGCUCCUGCCUGCCUACAUACACGAACCACAUAAAGCUC